GACAGUUAGAGAGUCACGACAGUGAUGAUCGCCAUCAUACGUGAAGGGCUAUAUGUAGAGACGACAUAGGGUUGAUUAACCAGCGGAGCAUCAAGGUGGUUGUUUGCCUAGCACGCGGUACCGGCGAUCGACUGAGCCUCUCUCUCCCCCUCUCUCUCUAGAGAGAACGUAGUACGCUCGUCGAGUCCACCAGCCGUCGAUCACCAUGGCCGCCAUCGCCGCCGUUGCUGCCGUUGCGCCGAGCACAUUCGCCGGCCAGACCGCUCUCAAGGAGCAGAGCGAUCUCAGCCGCCAUGUCGGCCAGUCGGAGUCUCGCGUCGUCAUGAGGAGGACAGUCAAGAAGACCAGCGACAGCCUCUGGUAUGGUCCCGACCGCCCCAAGUACCUUGGCCCGUUGUCCGGUGAGACUCCGUCGUACUUGACGGGCGAGUUCGCCGGCGACUACGGCUGGGACACUGCUGGACUGUCCGCGGACCCCGAGACGUUCGCUCGCAACAGGGAGUUGGAGGUGAUCCACGCCCGCUGGGCCAUGCUCGGCGCUCUCGGCUGCCUCACUCCCGAGCUGUUGGCCAACAGCGGCGUCAAGUUCGGCGAGGCUGUGUGGUUCAAGGCCGGCGCUCAGAUCUUCUCCGAGGGUGGGCUGGACUACUUGGGCAACCCCAACCUCGUCCACGCUCAGAGCAUCUUGGCCAUCUGGGCCUGCCAGGUGGUGCUCAUGGGCGCCGUGGAGGGCUACAGAGUGAACGGCGGGCCUCUGGGAGAGGUGGUGGACCCCCUCUACCCGGGCGGCAGCUUCGACCCCUUGGGCUUGGCCGACGACCCCGAGGCCUUCGCUGAGCUGAAGGUUAAGGAGCUCAAGAAUGGCCGCUUGGCCAUGUUCUCCAUGUUUGGCUUCUUCGUCCAGGCCAUCGUCACUGGCAAGGGACCGUUGGAGAACCUGAACGACCAUCUGGCCGACCCGGUCGCCAACAACGCCUGGGCCUACGCCCAGAACUUCGUCCCUGGAUCUUAGAUGUAUACAGUCCGAGACACUAGUACUUAGCACAUAGCCGUUCCUUAGAGAUUGCUUCUUGCUUUUCCUUGAGAACCUUUGGCAGGACGGGGGGGGGAAUAGCUGUUUGUAUCUCGGGUGCUUUAGAUCCUGACCGAGACUGGCUGUAUCACUGGACGGUAGUGCCCUGUAGUUCAUAGUCGGGUGCAAUGGUCCUACUUGCAAUAGGAGCGAGGACACUGCUGAAAUUAACCGUUCAGGGCAUUCCGUCCGUGACAGCGCUGGAUGUGUAUAAUAGCCAAUAACAUGUGCAUAAUGGAAUUAAUCAUUUGUUUAUGAUAACUCUUUUCGUCUGUGAGUACUUCAUUACACCUUGAGGUUGUGGUCCUUUGCGUCACACUUUCUCUUGUGUCAUUUCUCCCUGUGAUCCCAGGUCCGGCUUGGACGAUGCGAUGGACUACUCUCUCUGACAGUGUGUAAACCUACCCCGCAUUCUCCACCCAUAUUUUGGUAGAACAUGCUAAGUGAAGAAGUAUUGGGUUGUUCGCGCCCAUUGCCGCCCAAGGCCUUCGGGUUGGGUACUACCGGCUCAUAAGAUUUUCCUCCUGGGCCAUGGAUGAUGGCUCCAUAGGGGAAGAGUUCGGAGUGGUAGUACCCAACUCGAUGACCAGCUUUCUGUAUUUGCAACCGUCUCUGCUCAGUGCUCUUGUCCCUACAGGACCCCCCCUGCUCUCUCGAGAAAUGCAACACAGUGACUAUCAUAAUGUUUGCUCGACGUACAUCUCAGAGAGAGAUAAAUGUCUAGAUUUUGU